UGUUGAUUACAGUGACGUUUAAUAAAAUUGUCCAGAUAAAAUUAUUUUGUCGUAGAACUAUUUACAAUUUUUCAUCAAUUAUAUUACGAUUUAAUAAUCUGUUGCAAAUUAUUAUUUAUUUUUAAAAUUGUUUGAAAAAUUGCAACAAUGAGCACUUUUGAUUCUAAAUACGAUAUGUACCCAGCGGGUGAUGUGGGUGUGGUUGAAGGGGAAAUGAACAUACCCUCUCAGGGUACGCCAUCAGGUGAUCCCAUGGAAUUUAACACUCUUGAUGAACCCAUCAAGGAAACAUUUAUGCGCGACCUCAGGGCCGUUGGAAAUAAGUUUUACCAUGUUCUAAUACCUAGAGAAAAGACUAGCUUAUUAAAAGAAUGGGACCUCUGGGGCCCAUUGCUACUAUGUACGUUAAUGGCAACCAUCCUCCAAGGGUCAACACAACGGGCAGACAACUCAAAUGACGGAGGGCCAGAGUUUGCAGAAGUAUUUGUCCUAGUAUGGAUAGGGGCAGCUAUUGUUACUAUUAAUUCCAAACUACUGGGUGGCAAUAUCUCAUUCUUCCAAUCAGUAUGUGUGCUGGGUUACUGUUUAUUUCCGGUAGCGCUGUCGUUGAUUGUCUGUCGGUUGAUACUAUUCGCCACGCAGACAACCUUCCUGUUUUUCCUGAGACUGGUCUUAUCAAUGGCCGGCUUCGUUUGGGCCACAUUUGCGGCAACGAAAUUCUUGGGCGACAGUCAACCUCCAGGCAAAAAGGCACUCGCUGUAUAUCCUAUAUGCCUGUUCUACUUCAUCCUGUCUUGGCUGGUCGUCUCACACAGCAACGUGUAAACUGCACAACCACACAUGAACAUACUCAGUGUAUUUAUACUUGUGAUAAAGACUUUUUUAGUGUAAUUUUGUGAAUAAAUGUUAGAUAAGAUAGCGAUGUAUGAUAGUCACUUAUAGCCGAAUAAUCGAAAAUUCGAUAAUCUUGCAAUGUUUUUGAAUAUUUAUUUAUUAAUUCUUAAAAAUAAGUCUAGUGUUGAAUUUAAUAGUUGAAUUACAGAAUUAUUGAUCUAAAAUAAUUAUGUCAAAUCUAAACAGUGGCCAAAUAUUUAUUUAAAUCUUAGUAAUAUUGCAUAACUUUCAUAACGUGCGGAUUUUUUUACAGGGAGGGACAGGAAACAAUUAAUUAUAUAUAUAUUAGAUUUACUUGGACAGUAUGACCCGUAACUCAAAUUAUAAUAUUGAAGAAUUUAGAGAAUAUAAAAUGAAU